GCGAACUGUUAACCAAACAAAGUGAAAUAGAACAACGCUAUUUCGUGAUAAACUUUGUAAACUUGUUUUAUGUAAUUUAACUAUUGUAAUGUGAUUCGAAUAUAUCACAGUUUUAAUUACAAUUACAUUUUUAAUUAUUUGUCACUUGGUGCUUUGUUAAAAUAUAGUGUUGAUAACAGUGAAAAGCUGAAAAGCAAGUAUAACAUGAUUACAUUUUUUAUGCCCAGUGAGAUAACCCAGCGGUAAUUAGCAUCAAGGAAUUGCAAUCUAAUAUGCACAUUAGGAUGUUACAAUGUUAUAAAUAAGAAAAGUAUAUGAAUAAAAUAAACUAAUAUAUACAAAAUCAUGGAGGAUAAUUUUCAAAAGAAAGUUGAUAUUGAUUGUUCUUCAAGUGUUCAGUUUGAAGUCAUUCCACCAGAUGUUGCAAACAUACCUCUGCCUGAGGAUGUGUCCCAAAUUCCUCUGCCAACUCCGAAUUUUGCACAAGAAUCACCUAUAACUUACAAUGCAAUCCCUAUAAUAAGCGAAGGAGACUCUACGACAAAAGUGAAAGAUGAAUUUUAUGACGUACAUAAUUCUACUAUAAAAGAUAUGAAGUUUGAAAAUGAAGUUGAUAAUUCACAAGAACUAUAUAAGGAUAAAACUGCUUGUGAUAAUCUCACUACUAGCAUGCAUGCAGAGUCAGUGGGAAAGUUUUUACAACCUGACAUAAAUGAACAAGUCUUACGUUAUCAAAAUGAAGCAUUUGCGAGAAGUGGCAAUGCAGAAACUCAUUUUAGUAACCAAUUCUUAUCAGUUAAAGAUGAAUCAAUACCAGUUCAAGAAGUGAACUUAGUUUCUGAAAGUGUUUCUACUUCGGUGGAACCCAAAAGUGAAGUUUUGAUUUCACAAGGUGAAUCUAAUGAGGAAUGUCUCACUUCUCAAGUGGAUGAUAAUGUAGCAACAGAAAGCAUUAAAACAGAAAAUGAAAGUUUUGUAUCUGAUACAAAAAUGAUUCAGUCUGAAACUGCAGCUUUUCAAGAACAAGGCAGCGAGACAAAAAAUGCAGAUGAUUUCUCCCAAGUGUCUGUGACUCUUGAUGCAGCGAUUGACAAACAAUUUAUUCAAAAUACAGAGAGCAUUACACCCGAAACAGAAACUUUGAAGCCAGAUUCUAAUACUGAUGUUGUAAAUUUAAAUGUUGAAAAUGUUUCUGGAGAAAAAAUUGAAACAGAAUCAAUGAUUACCGAAUCGUAUGCAGAAAAUACUAGCACAGAAAGAAUUUUAUCUGAAGAUGAGUCAAUGGUAACUGACUCCUAUGCAGAAAAUACAAGUUCAGAAGAAAUUCUAAUUACUGAAAGCUCUUGCCAAUCUAAAAGUUUAGGAAAUGAAUCAAUGAUAACAGAUUCUAAUGUAGAAACUAGUAAUGAAAGCAUCAUACCAGAAGUGGCAUCUUUAAAUGUUACAUCUCAAGCUGUAACUUUUCAUUCUAAUCAUGAAACUACCGGCAAUGAAGCUAUAACAACUUCUGCAGUAACAUGUAAUGAUGGAAAUAUUAAUUCCAGAUCUGAAAUCAAUUAUUAUGAAAAUGUAAUAUGCACUAAUGAAAAUGACCUGAUGAAAGCUGAAACAUUCUCAAAUGAGAUUGAUACAUCUCAAGUAGAUGGUUCUCAAGUUGAUACAAAUUCUGAAAAUAUUACUUCUGAAGUUCUAAAUGAUAGUUUUGCUUCCAAAGAUUCUGAUCCCGAAAUGUUUAAUUCAGAUACCAGUAGUGUUCAACUUAUGUUUCCAGUUACUGAAACUAAUCCAAAUUUGAUAAUGGAGAAACAUGAAGAUACCUCAGCCCAGGAAUAUUCUGAUUGUGCUGAAACAAAAAAUAGAGAGGAAGUUGAAGUACAGAACACACUUGCAGAGUAUGUAAGUGCAGUAAAUAUUAAUAAAGAAAGCCCCUCAAUCGAAGUAACAUCUCAUAAUGUAAAUAUUGUUAGUUCUGAACAAUUUGAUCAAAGUAAAAUUCAAGAGAAAAGUGAAUCGAAUCCCCAAACAAAUGAAGACUUUAUGCAGUUUGUUCCUCCUCCUAAUGAUAACACAGUGUCUAAUGAUCAGGAAAUAAAACCACAAGUUACACAAGCAGACAUCGAGUCAAUAAAUCAACAAAAUACAUCUGGAUUUAACGAAAGUGGUUCUGAGAGGUUACAAAUAAGUGAUGAUAAUAUUGAAUUUGUUGUUGAUAGCAAAGAAACCCCGAUUUCCAAAACAAAUUUAGUUGAUUACAUUCAAACACAUGAUCCAACUAUUGAGGAAGAUGUAGCUACUGUUCAAUAUAUUGUAACUAAUGAUAACGAACAAAUAAUAGAGCAUGCUAAAGUCGAAUAUGAAAAUGAUAAUGGUGAAGUGAACGCACUUCCAGAAGGAGUACAGUAUGUUGUUUCUGAAGCUGCAAAUGGAGAUCCAAAUGAGCAGAGUUAUGUUCAGUAUGUAGUUGCUGAUAAUACAGAUGAUAAAAUGACUCAUUUUCAUGCAGUUGCUGAAGGUGAAAGUGGGAAUCAUCCUGAAUAUAUACAAUAUGUUGUUUCUGAAGGUUCAAAUCAAGAAAACAUGGUACAGUAUGUUGUAACUAGUGCUGGAAAUGACAAAGACAUUCCACAUCAUGUGAAUUCUGAAAAUUUUGUUAGUUACAUUGUUUCAGAUACUGCUAAUGAAAAAGAUGUAUCAAGAGAUGAAACCUCAGACCAGGCUGCUAUCACUUAUGAAGUGAUUGAUGAAAGUUCACAAGAGCCAACUGCAGUUGUCAUAGAAGAAAUGGAAGUUGAAAAUAAUACUAAUGAUCAAAAUGAAGAUAUUGAAAUUUAUGUUAUUGAAGAUGACAAUAUGCAGGUUAUAGAAGUGCAUGUAGAAAAUCCUAAUAUGAAAAACUCUGAUAACACAUCAGAAGAUAAAUGCAAAACAGAAUCUAAUAACCGAAAACGAGCGCCCACAGGCAAUUAUAUUGAAGUAGUUGAUGCCAAGGGUGAUACAACUGCAAAGUUGCCUUGUCAUGUUCUUGGUAGAAACUUAAAAAAUCCAGAAGCUGAUGUUUUAAGUAAUGGCAGAAACCCUCCGAAGGUUAGACCUGGUGUAAAAGUGCCACCUUUAAGUUUGACAAGUUGUAUUGUAUCACAGGAAGAAAUAAGCGAAGAAAUUGAUAAGAAAUUAAAAGCCGAAGUACCAGUUUAUGAUAAACCCAAAGUUGGUGAUAUUUUAUUCAAGCAUAAAAUAACUAAGAGAUUAGCUGAAAAACUUUGUACAAAUCCAGGAAAUGUACAGAAUCUUCCAAAUAAUCCUAAACCUAAUCAAAAUCUAACAAAAGCUUCACCAAAUACUCGACUGGCUAAAAAGAAUUUGUUGUCAAAAACAAAACCCAAAUUAGACAAUGCCGAUCUUUUAGCUAUUUUAGAAGGCGAUGAGGAUCCAGAUUGGUCAGAAUUGAAACCUGUGGAAACAGAUCAAGCUCCUCCUAUUUUGCAAGCAAUUGAGAAAAGUAUCAUAUCUGGACAUAGUGGUAGAAGCCCGCCUCCGGUUUUAGAAGCCCAGGCAAGAAGUAAUACUUCGAGAGCAUUUUUAAAACUAGAUUCUGAAGAAAAACGACGCUUGGCACAACAUCAAUUAUUGAAUUUGCCAAAUGUUCCUAACAUAUGCUCAAGCAGGCCACGUGGUAGGCCUAAAUUAACAGAUUACAAUCCACUUAAACAUACGCUUUUGAAGAAUGCUGGUAUGGCAGUGUAUACAACUCCUCGAUCAAAAGAUCCUCCAAAAACAUAUAGUAACAGAAAAGCUAAUGAUAUUAUUAAAACACUAGUUUCUGAUUGGGAUGAGGAAUCCAAAGAUGAUAGUCAAAAAGGAUCAACAACAACAGCAAAAGAUCAAUCAUCAACAACAAAUUUGACAAAUCCCACGGAAAGCACUAAAAAGCAAGUGGAACCAAAUGAAACAACCAAAACAAAGUCGCAUCCUACUGAGGAGAAAUCAGUGAACAAAGUAGGUACAACUGCGGCCACUAGUUCUAAUGUGAAAACUACAUCAACAGCUAUCACAAAACCUAUCCCAAAUACUACUGCUAAAUCACCAUCUGUAAAAUCUACAACUGCUAUGGCAAAAUCUACUCCAACACAAACAAAAGCAGCACCAACAGUUGCAACGAAAACAUCAGCAUCUACAUCAAAAUCUUCAUCAUCUGCAAACCCUUCAGGUACAACUGUUACAAGACCUUCCGAAACAACCACAGCAAAAUCUAAUCCGCCUGUUACAGUAAAACGUAAAAAUUCACCAUCAACAAAUAGUCCACAGCUGGGAAUAGUACCUAAUAAAAUAGCUAGAGUCAUAAAGAAAAAAAUUAUUUGGGAUCCAGAUAAUCCAAUGACAUCUGCAAGUUUAUCACCAUCCUUAAAAAGUGUUAAGCGAGACCCUCAAAAAAGUUCUUCUGAGAGUUCUCCAAACAAUGUGAAAAAAGCAGCAGACAUUGCUGUUAAGAAAACAGUUAUGAACUCAAUUGGAACUAAGAAACAAGUUGAGAAACCAUCAACAGAAGUGGAAGUUAAGACAGAAGAUGCGCAAGAAGUUCAAAUGCAGGAAGCUCAGACUCCAGCUAAUGCAGUCGGCAGAAGAUCUAGAUUGAUUCGAAAAGUUCCUCAUAAACCUAUUAACCCCAAUAGAAGCCUUGUUCCUAAAUCUACUAGUCCCAGUCCAACUAUACCGAAGAAGAAAAAACUUACUGAAAUAGACAGACUGCUAAGUGAUGAGGGAGCUGUUAAUAUGAUAUAUUCUGUAGAGCGCAGAAAUAAUAACUGAAGUUCCGAAAUUGUUACCAAACCAAAUAAGCGCUUAUUGAUAUCUCUUGAAAAAGAACGCAGGAAUUUACUUUCUAAAGCUAAUAUCAUCAAACAAGCUGUUCUCAGACAUAGUUCGACUGCUGUAGCAUCGAAUCGAAACAAGAAACCCUUGCGAUUUAAAAAAUCUGCAGUUGGUAAGAGGAAAGUGGUUUCAAUGAAGAAAAGGAGUGAUCAGACACGAAACUCAACGCAAUCCUCUUUGGUAGAGGAAAAUGCUGAAUUUUCAUUUACAUCAGUAAAUGAGUCUAGAAUUAUAAGAAGGCAUUCUUCAAGCUCUUUUUCCAGUACAUGCACGAGUCCCAGGAGACUUAGUGUUGAUGGUAAAACUGGACCAAACGCAGAAGAAAAACUAAUUGAAGUUACUGCAGAGUCAGAAUUAUCAAAACCUUUGAAAAAGCGCCAAAAAGGUGGUGUUCCAAUUUACUCGAGACCUGCAGAAAGCGAAAAAUCCUACAAAGGUAAAACUAAAAGUACAAAUCCUGAACAAGUCGCAAAUAUCACAGAAGAAACAAAAACUACUACUAGUCCUAAAGAGGAAGAAAAAGUCGGUAAAACCAUGAGUACCAGGUCUAACAAAAAAGUUAUCAGUGAUUCGAAUCUUGAUGAAAAUAAAUCGCAGGAAGACCCGCCUGAUCGCGUUUCGGAAGUUGCAGACGCCACUGAGAAACCUGCAGUCACGGAGGAUGAUGCCAGUUUAAAAGAUGAAGCUGUUAAAAAUGCCGCUAUAUCUAAAAAGCUUAGAAAAACUUCUGCAAUUGAGAGUGAGAAAACUCAAGUUUCCAAAGAACAGAAGACUUACGAAGAAAUUAGCAUUCGUAAACAUGAAACGCUAGUUCAAAUUAUUUUAACACCAACUUCGACCAAAUUCAAAAAUUCAUUGAGUAAUCAGGUUGUUCAAGAAUUGUGUGAAGUUUUGAAAGAAUUAUCAAAAGACUCAUCAUGUCAUGUGGUACUCAUAACUUCUUCAGGCAGUAUUUUUUGCCAAGGAUUGGAUUACUCAAAAUUAUUACAGACUUCAUUGGAAAAGCGUCAGCAAGUGGUUCAAGAAACUGUGCAUGGUGUUGUAGAAUUACUUCGAGUUCUUGCAACCUUUCCUAAAAUUUUAGUUGCUGGAGUGCAUGGGGCAGCAAUUGGAUUUGGUGUUACAAUUUUACCCCUAUUUGAUUUAGUUUUAGCUAGCGAUAAAGCAACCUUUAGUGUUCCUGCUACAAAAUAUGGAUACAUACCAGAGGGAAAUCAUCAUUUGCGAGAAGUGGCAAUGCAGAAACCAUCUUUUAGUAACCAAUUCUUAUCAGUUAAAGAUGAAUCAAUACCAGUUCAAGAAGUGAACUUAGUUUCUGAAAGUGUUUCUACUUCGGUGGAACCCAAAUCUGAAACUGCAGCUUUUCAAGAACAAGGCAGCGAGACAAAAAAUGCAGAUGAUUUCUCCCCAAGUGUCUGUGACUCUGAUGCAGCGAUUGACAAAACAAUUUAUCCAAAAUACAGAGAGCAUUCAACACCCGAAACAGAAACUUUGAAGCCAGAAUUGGCACCUUUAAAUGUUACAUCUCAAGCUGUAACUUUUCAUUCUAAUCAUGAAACUACCAGCAAUGAAGCCAUAACAACUUCUCCAGUACAAUGUAAUGAUGGAAAUAUUAAUUCCAGAUCUGAAAUCAAUUAUUAUGAUAAUGUAAUAUGCACUGAUGAAAAUGACCUGAUGAAAGCUGAAACAUUCUCAAAUGAGAUUGAUACAUCUCAAGUAGAUGUUACUGAAACUAAUCCAAAUUUGAUAAUGGAAAAACAUGAAGAUACCUCAGCCCAGGAAUAUUCUGAUUGUGCUGAAACAAAAAAUAGAGAGGAAGUUGAAGUACAGAACACGCUUGCAGAAGAAGUUCUUCCAGAAGGAGUACAGUAUGUUGUUUCUGAAGCUGCAAAUGGAGAUCCAAAUGAGCAGAGUUAUGUUCAGUAUGUAGUUGCCGAUAAUACAGAUGAUAAAUUGACUCAUUUUCACACAGUUGCUGAAGGUGAAAGUGGGAAUCAUCCUGAAUAUAUACAAUAUGUUGUUUCUGAAGGUUCAAAUCAAGAAAACAUGGUACAGUAUGUUGUAACUAGUGCUGGAAAUGACAAGGACAUUCCACAUCAUGUGAAUUCUGAAAAUUUUGUUAGUUACAUUGUUUCGGAUACUGCUAAUGAAAAAGAUGUAUCAAGAGAUGAAACCUCAGACCAGGCUGGUAUCACUUAUGAAGUGAUUGAUGAAAGUUCACAAGAGCCAACUGCAGUUGUCAUAGAAGAAAUGGAAGUUGAAAAUAAUACUAAUGAUCAAAAUGAAGAUAUUGAAAUUUAUGUUAUUGAAGAUGACAAUAUGCAGGUUAUAGAAGUGCAUGUAGAAAAUCCUAAUAUGAAAAACUCUGAUAACACAUCAGAAGAUAAAUGCAAAACAGAAUCUAAUAACCGAAAACGAGCGCCCACUGGCAAUUAUAUUGAAGUAGUUGAUGCCAAGGGUGAUACAACUGCAAAGUUGCCUUGUCAUGUUCUUGGUAGAAACUUAAAAAAUCCAGAAGCUGAUGUUUUAAGUAAUGGCAGAAACCCUCCGAAGGUUAGACCUGGUGUAAAAGUGCCACCUUUAAGUUUGACAAGCUGUAUUGUAUCAUCAGAAGAAAUAAGUGAAGAAAUUGAUAAGAAAUUAAAAGCCGAAGUACCAGUUUAUGAUAAACCCAAAGUUGGUGAUAUUUUAUUCAAGCAUAAGAUAACUAAGAGAUUAGCUGAAAAGCUUUGUACAAAUCCAGGAAAUGUACAGAAUCCUCCAAAUAAUCCUAAAUCUAAUCAAAAUCUAACAAAAGCUUCACCAAAUACUCGAUUGGCUAAAAAGAAUUUGUUGUCAAAAACAAAACCCAAAUUAGACAAUGCCGAUCUUUUAGCUAUUUUAGAAGGCGAUGAGGAUCCAGAUUGGUCAGAAUUGAAACCUGUGGAAACAGAUCAAGCUCCUCCUAUUUUGCAAGCAAUUGAGAAAAGUAUCAUAUCUGGACAUAGUGGUAGAAGCCCGCCCCCGGUUUUAGAAGCCCAGGCAAGAAGUAAUACUUCGAGAGCAUUUUUAAAACUAGAUUCUGAAGAAAAACGACGCUUGGCGCAACAUCAACUAUUGAAUUUGCCAAAUGUUCCUAACAUAUGCUCAAGCAGGCCACGUGGUAGGCCUAAAUUAACAGAUUACAAUCCACUUAAACAUACGCUUUUGAAGAAUGCUGGUAUGGCAGUGUAUACAACUCCUCGAUCAAAAGAUCCUCCAAAAACAUAUAGUAACAGAAAAGCUAAUGAUAUUAUUAAAACACUAGUUUCUGAUUGGGAUGAGGAAUCCAAAGAUAGUCAAAAAGAAUCAACAACAACAACAAAAGAUCAAUCAUCAACAACAAAUUUGACAAAGCCCACGGAAAGUACUAAAAUGCAAUUGGAACCAAAUGAAACAACCAAAACAAAGUCGCAACCUACUGAGGAGAAAACAGUGAACAAAAUAGGUACAACUGCGGCCACUAGUUCUAAUGUGAAAUCUACAUCAACAGCUGUCACAAAACCUAUCCCAAAUACUACUGCUAAAUCACCAUCUGUAAAAUCUACAACUGCUGUUUCAAAAUCUACUCCAACACCAAUAAAAGCUGCACCAACAGUUGCAACGAAAACGUCAGCACCUACAUCAAAAUCUUCAUCAUCUGCUAAUUCCUCAAGUACAACUGUUGCAAGAGCUUCUGAAACAACUGUAACAAAAUCUAACCCGCCUGUUACAGUAAAACGUAAAAAUUCACCAUCAACAAAUAGUCCACAACUGGGAAUAGUACCCAAUAAAAUAGCUAGAGUCAUAAAGAAAAAAAUUAUUUGGGAUCCAGAUAAUCCAAUGACAUCUGCAAGUUUAUCACCAUCCUUAAAAACUGUUAAGCGAGACCCUCAAAAAAGUUCUUCUGAAAAUUCUCCAAAUAAUGUGAAAAAAGCAGCAGACAUUGCUGUUAAGAAAACAGUUGUGAACUCAACUGGAGCUAAGAAACAAGUUGAGAAACAAUCAACAGAAGCGGAAGUUAAAAAAGAAGAUGCGCAAGAAGUUGAAAUGCAGGAAGCUCAGACUCCAGCUAACGCAGUCGGCAGAAGAUCUAGAUUGAUUCGAAAAGUUCCUCAUAAACCUAUUAACCCCAAUAGAAGCCUUGUUUCUAAAUCUACUAGUCCCAGUCCAACUAUACCGAAGAAGAAAAAACUUACUGAAAUAGACAGACUGCUAAGUGAUGAGGGAGCUGUUAAUAUGAUAUAUUCUGUAGAGCGCAGAAAUAAUAACGCUGAAGUUCCCGAAAUUGUUACCAAACCAAAUAAGCGCUUAUUGAUAUCUCUUGAAAAAGAACGCAGGAAUUUACUUUCUAAAGCCAAUAUCAUCAAACAAGCUGUUCUCAGACAUAGUUCGACUGCUGUAGCAUCGAAUCGAAACAAGAAACCCUUGCGAUUUAAAAAAUCUGCAGUUGGUAAGAGGAAAGUGGUUUCAUUAAAGAAAAGGGGUGAUCAGACAAGAAACUCAACGCAAUCCUCUUUGGUAGAGGAAAAUGCUGAAUUUUCAUUUACAUCAGUAAAUGAGUCUAGAAUUAUAAGAAGGCAUUCUUCAAGCUCUUUUUCCAGUACAUGCACGAGUCCCAGGAGACUUAGUGUUGAUGGUAAAACUGGACCAAACGCAGAAGAAAAACUAAUUGAAGUUACUGCAGAGUCAGAAUUAUCAAAACCUUUGAAAAAGCGCCAAAAAGGUGGUGUUCCAAUUUACUCGAGACCCGCAGAAAGCGAAAAAUCCUACAAAGGUAAAACUAAAAGUACAAAUCCUGAACAAGUCGCAAAUAUCACAGAAGAAACAAAAACUACCACUAGUCCUAAAGAGGAAGAAAAAGUCGGUAAAACCAUGAGUACCAGGUCUAACAAAAAGGUUAUCAGUGAUUCGAAUCUUGAUGAAAAUAAAUCGCAGGAAGACCCGCCUGAUCGCGUUUCGGAAGUUGCAGACGCCACUGAGAAACCUGCAAUCACGGAGGAUGACACCAGUUUAAAAGAUGAAGCUGUUAAAAAUGCCGCUAUAUCUAAAAAGCUUAGAAAAACUUCUGCAAUUGAGAGUGAGAAAACUCAAGUUUCCAAAGAACAGAAGACUUACGAAGAAAUUAGCAUUCGUAAACAUGAAACGCUAGUUCAAAUUAUUUUAACACCAACUUCGACCAAAUUCAAAAAUUCAUUGAGUAAUCAGGUUGUUCAAGAAUUGUGUGAAGUUUUGAAAGAAUUAUCAAAAGACUCAUCAUGUCAUGUGGUACUCAUAACUUCUUCAGGCAGUAUAUUUUGCCAAGGAUUGGAUUACUCAAAAUUAUUACAGACUUCAUUGGAAAAGCGUCAGCAAGUGGUUCAAGAAACUGUGCAUGGUGUUGUAGAAUUACUUCGAGUUCUUGCAACCUUUCCUAAAAUUUUAGUUGCUGGAGUGCAUGGAGCAGCAAUUGGAUUUGGUGUUACAAUUUUACCACUAUUUGAUUUAGUUUUAGCUAGCGAUAAAGCAACCUUUAGUGUUCCUGCUACAAAAUAUGGAUACAUACCAGAGGGAACAUCAUUGAUGCCCUGUUAUCGGCUGCUAUCACAGUCUGUGGUCAAUGAACUUAUCUUGGCCUGUCGAGAACUGACAGCCAGUGAAGCCCUGCAAUAUGGACUGGUAACGAGAAUUGUGUGGCCUGAUAAAUUUCAUGAGGAUCUUAUUCCGACUAUCAAAGCUUUGACACAUCAUUCAGUGCAAGCCAUGAUAUCCACAAAAGUAAUGCUACGUCAGCAUUUGCUGAAUAGUUUAGAAGGUGCUUUGGAAUUGGAAAAAAAACAGCUCACUGAGAUGUGGAUGAGUUCUGAGUGCCAGAAAAGUUUUAAAGCAGCUUUAGAUGAAGGUUUGUGGGAGUAAAAAGUUCAAAAUUUAUUUUCCUUUGUAGAUAGAAAUUUUUUAAUAUGGAACAUAAUCCAUUAUUUCAUGAUAGAAAAUACUUGUUCGAAAUUAUUUUAUUAACUGCCAGAGGGAACAGUUAAAGAUAUUUGCACUGUAUAUAAAAUUUAUAGAGAUUUUUUUAAAUUAAAUUUAAAAUGAUGAUUUUUAUUGUGUAACUUUAUUGUGUGCUUAUUUAGAUAUAUUGACUGACUAAGUUUGAUUUUUUUUAUAAAAAAUAAUUAGAAACUGAUGGAAACAUGUAGGUUUCUUUAACAUUAGCCUUAUUAUCAUAAUCUCCCUUCAUG